UCUCAUUAUAUAAAAUUAGGGCUCACAUUUCAUUUCAAAAACAUAACAACCCCUUUAUCUUCACAAUGGCUAGAGAACCUCAUCAAAGAGCAAAUUAUGAUUAUAUGGAAGAACGGCUGCAGGAUGAUGGUUCACUGGAGUGCUUUAUAUUUAAACCCAGAGCAUUUUACAUUGUAUGGGGAAAUGACAACCGUUGUUGGCGCAUUGCUAAGCCUAUUGGCCCAUCUACGUCAAGGAAAAAUGAGGAGGAAUUUGCAGAGCUGCUUCAGGUGUCGUGGCUGGAAGUAACCGGUAUAACCCCCAAACUAGAUAGUCCAUCCACAUAUCAUAUCACCUUCCGACUGAGCCUCGACAAGGGUGCAUCUGGUUGGACUGGGGCGCCGGUUUUCUUGAUGGCUAAGGUGGGGAAGAAAGGCAAGUACAAGUGGAAAAAGCUGGAGGUGGAGAAGCUGACUGGGGACCCCACUGAUUUUCCAAGCAAGGCAGACCCAUUAGAGGUGGAAACUGUUGCUGAUCAACCAGACAGAAGGCUUUAUUUUGGUUUGUAUGAAGUGUGGAGUGGCAAAUGGAAGAAAGGCUUGAAAGUUUAUAAUGCCACUGUCAAACAAAUCAAUAAGUGAACCAAAUCCAGGCUUUGAUUUCAUGAUGUUUAUAUAUAUAUAUAUAAUGAAGAGGUUGGUGCUUUUUUAUUUCUAUUAAAUAAAGGGAUAGGUAGAAAUUAUCUAAAGUCUAACAUAAUUCCUUUUCUUUUUUUAACAAGAAAUAAAAAGCUUCAAUUACAAGCUAACAA